UCAACUACACUUUAUUAUUUGGAAAUAUUAUACAUUCUAAAAAAAUCAAUUAAAUAAGAUUGUUCUUGGCAAGAGUCAAAGAAAUCUCUUCCCUUCUGAGAAAACAAAGUGCAUUGAAGGUGUGUUACUAGCUUCCAAAACCAGAAAAUGGUGCCGGAGAAGGUGAAGAAACAGCUUGCUUUAGCUGUGAGAAGCAUUCAAUGGAGCUAUGCAAUCUUUUGGUCUAGCUCACCUACCCAACCAGGGGUGUUGAGCUGGGGUGAAGGUUAUUACAAUGGAGACAUCAAAACUAGAAAGACAAGCCAAGUGGCAGAACAUAACUCUGAUCAAAUAAUAAGCUUACAGAGAAGUGAGCAGCUGCGAGAGCUAUACUCGUCCCUUGCAGACUCGAAAUCCUGCUCGCAGACGAAAAGGCCAUCGGCGGCACUGUCCCCUGAAGAUCUCACAGAUACUGAGUGGUUCUACUUGGUUUGCAUGUCCUUUGUGUUCAACAUUGGCCAAGGUUUACCUGGAAGAUCAUUGGCAUAUGGUCAGCCUAUUUGGUUGUGCAAUGCUCAUUCUGCUGAUAAUGGUGUUUUCUGUCGCUCAUUACUUGCUAAGAGUGCAUCCAUUCAGACAGUGGUGUGCUUUCCCUUUCUGGAUGGGGUUAUUGAGCUAGGUACAACUGAUCCGGUCUCCGAAGACUAUAGUCUUAUUCAAGUGAUAAGGAAUUCUUUCUUGGAUAUUCUUGAAACCAACCUUCCAAAUAAUCCAGGAGCUAAUUUGAACACAAGAAACAAGGAAGAAUGUGGUGUUGCAUGUGAAGGAUUUGACCAUAAUGCUUAUGGUCUUAAACUAACCCCAGAAGUAAUAGGAUAUGAACUAAUCAACAUAACUUCUCCUACUACUAGUUCAAAUGCAUUACAAGCCAACCAACAAACAGAUGGAAGAACAAUGUUUCCAACUGAAUUCAGCAACUAUUUCCAUAACUCCAGGAAUUCUAGUGAUUGUUUGUCCGAAAAUCAUUGUGCACAGGACCUUCAACAAUGCAAUGAUAACCCAAGAACAACCUUGGUGAAUCUCGGAAGCGACGAUAAGCAUUAUCAGAGGCUACUCUCUGCCCUUCCAAUACGCCCUGAUGAUGACCGGUUAAUCAUGAGAGUGCAUCUUCGAAAUUUUCGUGGGGAAUCAAGCUUUGCCAUUUGGAAGCAACUAGGAUCAAUGGAUUGUCAAAGAUCAAGAAGAGGAGGAACACCACAAAACUUGUUAAAGAAGGUAUUGUUUGAAGUUCCUCUGAUGCACAUGGACGGAUUGCUUGAGUCUCAAGAAAAGAUCGGUUCCAAAGACAGAAUGAGAUUAUCAGAGGUAGAUGAUGUUGGCAUGAACCAUGCUUUGUCAGAAAGAAAGAGAAGAGCAAAACUAAACGAAAGGUUUUUAACUCUAAGAUCAAUGGUUCCUACAAUUAGUAAGGAUGACAAGGUUUCAAUAUUAGAUGAUGCCAUGGAAUACCUUAGAAAACUUGAGGAAAAGGUAAGGAAGUUAGAAGCUGAAAAGGAUGUAACAGAUUUGGAUGGUAUAGUAAGUACAAGAACAUCUCAGGAUAUGGUGGAGAAGGCUUCUGAUAACAAUAGCAACAAGAAUUCGAAAUCGGUGUCAAACAAGAGGAGGGCUUGUGAGGCUGCUGGUGAUGAAGAGAUGAACAAUUCAGAGAUUGAUGUUGGAAUCUAUGUGAGUGAGAGUGAAGUUGUGAUUGAAAUGAAGUGUCCUUGGAGAGAAGGACUUCUGCUGGAAACUGUGGAAGCACUUAGCAGCCUCCAUUUAGAUUGUCAUUCACUUCAGUCAUCAAAAUCUCAUGGGACUCUCUAUCUCACAAUUAAAUCUAAGUUCAGAGGAGCAAAUAAUGUUGCACCAGUAAAAAGGAUUAGACGCACACUCCAAAAAGCGGCUAUGAAGAGUUGAAUAAUGUAUUUACCUCGAUUUAAUUACAUUUAGAUUUAUA